AUGGCCCUCCAUCUCCAUCCUCCACCAACCAUGGCCGCGUACCGCUCCCUGCUGGUGGCCUUGCUCCUCGCGCUCUCCUCCUCCUCGUCGGCGUCGGCGGCGACCCCGUAUGGCUUCGAGUUCCCGCAGUUCAACGCCCCCGUCGCCGACGCCGGCUGCGACGGCAAGCUGGUCGCCGAGGAGGAGGCGCUCGCGCGCCGGGUCCCGCCGCUCAAGCUCCACAUGACCCAUCGCUCCGCCGCCGCGGGCGCGACGGGGACGGGCGCCUUCUUCCUCGACUCGGCCGAGAAAGACGCCGUCCGUAUCGAUACGAUGCAUAGGAGAGUCGCCCUGUCUGGCUCCGGCGCGGCCCAGCGGGGCUCGGGGCCAAGAAGGGCGUUGUCGGAGCGGGUCGUGGCCACGGUGGAGUCCGGCGUGGCGGUCGGCUCGGGGGAGUACCUGGUGGACGUGUACGUGGGCACGCCGCCCCGCCGGUUCCGGAUGAUCAUGGACACGGGAAGUGACCUCAACUGGGUGCAGUGCGCGCCCUGCCUCGACUGCUUCGAGCAGAGCGGGCCCGUCUUCGACCCGGCGGCGUCCACCUCCUACCGCAACGUCACCUGCGGCGACGCGCGCUGCGGCCUCGUCUCGCCGCCGGAGACAGCGGCGCCCAGGGAGUGCCGCAGGCCACGGACCGACCCCUGCCCGUACUACUACUGGUACGGCGACCAGUCCAACACCACCGGCGACCUCGCCCUCGAGGCCUUCACCGUCAACCUCACGGGCGCCGCCGGGACCCGGCGCGUGGACGGCGUGGCGUUCGGGUGCGGCCACCGCAACCGCGGCCUCUUCCACGGCGCGGCGGGGCUGCUGGGGCUCGGGCGCGGCCCGCUGUCGUUCGCGUCGCAGCUGCGCGGCGUCUACGGGGGGCACGCCUUCUCCUACUGCCUCGUGGAGCACGGCAGCGCGGCCGGGAGCAAGGUCAUCUUCGGCCACGACGACGCGCUGCUCGCGCACCCGCGGCUCAACUACACGGCCUUCGCGCCGGCCACGGGCACGGACACCUUCUACUACCUCCAGCUCAAGUCCGUCCUCGUGGGCGGGGAGGCGGUCAACAUCCCGUCCGACACCCUGGCCGCCGGCGGCACCAUCAUCGACUCCGGCACGACGCUGAGCUACUUCCCGGAGCCGGCGUACCGGGCGAUCCGGCAGGCGUUCAUCGACCGCAUGAGCCCGUCCUACCCGCUCAUCCCGGGGUUCCCGGUGCUGAGCCCGUGCUACAACGUGUCCGGGGCCGGAAAGAUCGAGGUGCCGGAGCUGUCGCUGGCGUUCGCGGACGGCGCGGCGUGGGAGUUCCCGGCGGAGAACUACUUCAUCCGGCUGGAGCCGGAGGGCAUCAUGUGCCUGGCCGUCCUGGGCACGCCGCGCUCCGGCAUGUCCAUCAUCGGCAACUACCAGCAGCAGAACUUCCACGUCCUCUACGACCUGGAGCUCAACCGGCUCGGCUUCGCGCCGCGCCGGUGCGCCGACGUCUAGGCCGGCCGGCCGGCCACCGUCCAUCAUCCAUUAUUCCAUUUUGACUGAUUGGUCGGCCGGUUGUGCUCCAUGUAGUACGUAGGUAGGCAAAAAGUGGCCGUGCUAACCGUAUCGGAAGAACGAACGAGCAAAGUGGGGUUGGGUGUAGCAAUUUUGGCACCGGGUUUUCGUACCUUAUUACGAAGCCGCGUACGUAGGUGGCUGCUAACGCUUUGGUUAUUUAUUUUUUUGCAAGACUUUGGGUCUUGUGUUCAUAUGUACUGCUCCAGAUGGAGUGCUCUGUUUAGAGUAGAUUACUGCUCAUUUUGUCUUAGAUGAUCUUGAAAUGGACAUAGAUGUAAAUAAUGUUGUUGAAAUUGCACA